CGCACUCGGCACCGGCAGCAGACGCAACGUCAAGCAUGGCGGGCGCAAGGCAGGCAACAGUGAAGGUGCGCAUCUCGCAGGGCGAGCUGCUCGGUCGCCGCCGGCGCACAGUGUGGGGGUUCCCCUACUGCUGCUUCCAGGGAAUCCCCUACGCGGCGCCACCGGUCGGACCGCUCCGCUUCAAGCCACCACAACCAGCAGCCGGGUGGAGCGGAGUCCGGGACGCCACCAAACCUGGCAACAUCGCUCCCCAGAUCGACAUGACGGGGAAGUAUGUAGGCGACGAGGACUGCCUCUUCAUUAACGUCUGCACGCCCCAGCAGCUGCCGUCAGAGGGCUCCAGUGGUCUCCUGCCGGUGAUGGUCCACAUCCACGGCGGUGGUCUGAUGAUGGGCUCCGGCAACGAAGAUUUUGGCGGUCCCGAUUUCCUCAUCCGCUACGGCGUCGUCUUCGUCUCCCUCAACUACCGCCUCGGAGUCCUGGGCUUCCUGAACGCAGGGGACCGUCUGGUGCCGGGGAACAUGGGCUUCAAGGACCAGGUGAUGGCGCUGCGCUGGGUCAAGGACAACAUCGCCAGCUUCGGGGGAGACCCCGACAACGUCACCAUCUUUGGCGGCAGCGCUGGAGGCUGGUCCUGUCACGGUCUCGUCCUGUCGCCGUUGGCCAAGGGCCUAUUUCACAGAGCCAUAGCGCACAGUGGCGUGGUUCUGGGAGACGGCGUGUGCUCCGACCGCAUGCGGGCUCGCUCCUUCACCCUGGGUGCACACCUGGGCCUCAAGACAGACGACCCGCAGCAGCUGGUGGACUUCCUGAGGCAACAGCCGGUGCAGCAACUCGUCGAGAACGCCAUGUUUGGACGCACUGAGGACGAUAAGGCCCGGGGCGUGCUGUUCCCAUUUGUUGGCACAGUGGUCGAGCCAGCUGACGCAGACGGUGGGGCCUUCUUCCCCAGAGACCCAGCGCAGCUGCUGCGCUCCGGACACUCCCACCCUGUGCCCCUUAUCACGGGAGUUGGCACUCACGAAGGCUCAGUCUUCGCUGCAGAUCAACCCAAAUGGUCCAUUAGCCUGUCCAGCUAUGCUGAGAAUCACCAUCUGCUCAUCCCAACCAACCUACGCUGCCCUGACUCAGACAAGGACGCCUUGGCUGAGCAGAUACGCCGCUUCUACUUUGGGGACCGUGAUAUUGGGCCUGACACCAAAUUCGAACUGUGCACACUCUUGGGCGACUUAAUGUUCACGUACCACGCGGUUCGUGUGGCCAAACUCCACAACCUGAAGUCGAAGGCCCCAGCCUACUUCUUUGUCUGGCACUAUACGAGUGACCGAAUUUCCCAGGGGCCCAUAGGAGAGCUGUUACGCAGUAUGCAGAAGAUAUUUGACGGUGCUGUGCACGGAGGGGGCUACAGCUACACCGUUUGUAUGGAAAAUUUAGGCGGCGCUCCAGAGCCCGGCUCUUUCGAAGCCAAACUGACGGACCAGCUGUCGCGCCUCUGGACCAACUUUGCAAAGACAGGCCAACUUUCUGACCCAGAGGUGGAGGUGUCAUGGCCGCCUUUCACAGAGAAGGACCAGUCCUACCUGCACAUCACCAGCGACGGGCUGUGCAUAGCCAAGCGGCCGUUUGAGGAGCGGAUGGCCUUCUGGGAGAAACUCUACAACCAGUACGACAGCUAGCCGCCAGCAUCAGCGCAGAACCCAGCUGCGUCAGAGGAAGUCGUCUAAAUGUGAUCAGGAGAGGCAGUGGCCAGUGUUCAUGCCGACUACCAGAAAAACCUUUAACAUGUUAUGUACAAUGGAUGUUUGAAAUAUUGUGUCUGUAGAAUGAAAAUGCAUGAAAUACAUCGUCACAAUACAUUCCUUUUUCUUAUUUUCUACUUGCAGAUCGUCAAUGACACAUUCCGAUUUUGCCCUCUCGUAUUCCAACUUCAGUGACGAUACGAAAUUCGCUUUUUCUUUUCGUCAGACGUCUUAUGAUUGUUCCGACACGAAUCUCUCUCCUUUGCCACUCUCUACAUCUCAGAGUAGCACUUGCAACCCAACAUUCUCAAUUAUUUGCUAUAGCUACUCAAAUCGCUGACUCCCCCUGUGUUUUAACCCUGUACAGCUCCCUGCAGUACUAUGGGAGUUAUUCCUUAAUGUCUUAACACAUGUCCUAUCAUCCUGUACUUUGUUGUUGUCGAUGUUGUCCACUCGUUCCUCUCCUCGGCGAUUCUGUGGAAAAAUCUCCCUCUUCUACCUUUUUUUCUCAUGUCCAUUGCUGCUAAUGCUCAUAGUUUAUAUCUACCUUCCCACAGUUUAUAUUUAUUGUUGUAGUUAUCAUAAAAGAAUGUAAAUUAUGUAUUUUUCCUGCACCAUAAGCACUUUCUAAAUGCUGUAUUCUACAUUAGAUGUAACUUAUAACAUGCUUAAGGUAAUGUAUGUAAUAUACAAUUUGGACAAUGGCUGGACAAUGUUUAGCCCUAUGGGCCUAAUCUGGCCAAGUUAAUUAAGUAAGUGAACUUGUGAUUGUUUGGUUGUGAGUAACCUUUCCCUUU